AUUGUUGUCGUAGCCAAUGACUGUUGCCGGGGAAGGAGGUGGGCGUGGCACCGGCAGCGGAGGCGGGAGGGCGAGGCCGGGUUGGCAGAGCUUGUCGCGGUCGAGGGAGUGUAGGGCGGCUAAGUGCGCGCGCGCCUCCUCAGUUCGUUACGCGACGGGGGAGCCGGAGGAACGCGGAGUUGCCAACCUGCCCGUUCACUCCACUAACAUCCCUUCCCGCGGUCCUCGGAAGCAGCCCAGCAGCACACGGUAACCAUGAGUGAUCGAAAGGCUGUGAUCAAGAAUGCGGAUAUGUCUGAGGAGAUGCAGCAGGACUCUGUGGAGUGUGCUACACAGGCCCUGGAAAAAUAUAACAUUGAGAAAGACAUUGCUGCCCACAUAAAAAAGGAGUUUGACAAGAAAUACAAUCCUACUUGGCACUGUAUUGUGGGAAGAAAUUUUGGCAGCUACGUGACUCAUGAGACCAAACACUUCAUCUACUUCUACUUGGGCCAAGUUGCUAUUCUGCUCUUCAAAUCUGGUUAGAACAUGGGAUUGUUCCACCCAAACAUGUGUUUGAUUGCAAGACUGCACACUACUUCCGAAUAGACUGAAGUCUUCAGCCUUCCCCAGGGAACAUACCUUGAUCUUCAAGCCUUUUGUUGUUUUAAGGGACAGGUACUCUUCUGUACCAGUUGGUGUUUUUGUUGUGGCCAUAAAAAAUAACAAAAAAUAAUCUUGUAUGUAUUUUUUUUCAAAGUUCCUUUUCUAAUAAAAUUGGACAUGCUCUCAA